AUGUGCGGAAAAGAUAGCGAUAAAAAAUGGAGGCAGCUGUUUCAAAGUAACACUGUUCUUCGUCUUUACACCAUUUUUCAUUCUUCUUCGUCCUUGAACAAAUCCACUUUCCUUUUUCGUCUUUACACCAUUUUUCAUUCUUCUUCGUCCUUGAACAAAUCCACUUUCCUUCUUCGUCUUUACACCAUUUUUCAUUCUUCUUCGUCCUUGAACAAAUCCAUUUUCUUUCUUCGUCUUUACACCAUUUUUCAUUCUUCUUCGUCCUUGAACAAAUCCAUUUUCCUUCUUCGUCUUUACACCAUUUUUCAUUCUUCUUCGUCCUUGAACAAAUCCAUUUUCCUUCUUCGUCUUUACCCCAUUUUUCAUUCUUCUUCGUCCUUGAACAAAUCCAUUUUCUUUUUUUCGUCUUUACAUCAUUUUUUUCAUUCUUCUUCGUCCUUGAACAAAUCCACUUUUCUUUUUUCGUCUUUACACCAUUGUUCAUUCUUCUUCGUCAUUGAACAAAUCCAUUUUCCUUCUUCGUCUUUACACCAUUUUUCAUUCUUCUUCGUCCUUGAACAAAUCCACUUUUCCUUCUACGUCUUUACACCAUUUUUCAUUUUUCGUCCUUUGAACAAAUCCACUUUCCUUCUUCGUCUUUACACCAUUUUUCAUUCUUCUUCGUCCUUGAACAAAUCCACUUUCCUUUUUCGUCUUUACACCAUUGUUCAUUCUUCUUCGUCCUUGAACAAAUCCACUUUCCUUCUUCGUCUUUACACCAUUUUUCAUUCUUCUUCGUCCUUGAACAAAUCCACUUUCCUUUUUCGUCUUUACACCAUUUUUUCAUUCUUCUUCGUCCUUGAACAAAUCCACUUUCCUUUUUCGUCUUUCCAUUUUUCAUUCUUCUUCGUCCUUGAACAAAUCCACUUUCCUUUUUUCGUCUUUACACCAUUUUUCAUUCUUCUUCAAAUCCACUUUCCUUCUUCGUCUUUACACCAUUUUUCAUUCUUCUUCGUCCUUGAACAAAUCCACUUUCCUUUUUCGUCUUUACACCAUUUUUCAUUCUUCUUCGUCCUUGAACAAAUCCACUUUCCUUUUUCGUCUUUACACCAUUUUUCAUUCUUCUUCGUCCUUGAACAAAUCCACUUUCCUUUUUCGUCUUUACACCAUUUUUCAUUCUUCUUCGUCCUUGAACAAAUCCACUUUCCUUUUCGUCUUUACACCAUUUUUCAUUCUUCUUCGUCCUUGAACAAAUCCACUUUCCUUUUUCGUCUUUACACCAUUUUUCAUUCUUCUUCGUCCUUGAACAAAUCCACUUUCCUUUUUCGUCUUUACACCAUUUUUCAUUCUUCUUCGUCCUUGAACAAAUCCACUUUCCUUCUUCGUCUUUACACCAUUUUUCAUUCUUCUUCGUCCUUGAACAAAUCCACUUUCAUUCUUCGUCUUUUACACCAUUUUCAUUCUUCUUCGUCCUUGAACAAAUCCACUUUCCUUUUUCUUUACACCAUUUUUCAUUCUUCUUCGUCCUUGAACAAAUCCACUUUCCUUUUUCGUCUUUCCAUUUUUCAUUCUUCUUCGUCCUUGAACAAAUCCACACCAUUUUUUCAUUCUUCUUCGUCCUUGAACAAAUCCACUUUCCUUUUCGUCUUUACACCAUUUUUCAUUCUUCUUCGUCCUUGA